GUAUGACUUCUUUGUUUUAUUCGAAGGUGCAGACCUCGAGUCUCGACAUCCUUCACAACAGCGGGUUUUCUGAGAUAAAGGACGCAGAGGUUCAGAGAUGAGUGUUGCCAAGUCAAUGCGGGCGCUAGUUGUCACCUCCGAACGAUAGCCACAUCCCAGCUCGAGGUGCAUCGUCAACACCGACAUGUGGUCGCAGGCAACAUAAGAGUCACCAGAAAAACAAACACACCACGUUCAAUCGCACUAAACCACGUCACCAUGGACAUCGUACAGGCGGUCUCUGGCUACAUCACCAAGAUGGUGACUGCUGGAGACAGCGCGGCCACAGGCACCUCCGCGGCCAAGAUGAAGAUACUCUUGCUCGAUAAUGAGACUGUUUCGAUCGUGUCCUCUGCGACGACGCAAUCCGCCCUCCUCACCCAUGAAGUCUACCUCACCGAUCGCCUGGAUAACCAGAAGCGAGAGAAGAUGCGCCAUCUCCGUUGUCUAUGCUUUGUGCGGCCUUCGCCCGAGUCUAUCCAGAGUUUGAUCGAGGAGCUGCGCGAGCCCAAGUACGGCGAAUACAACAUUUACUUCAGUAACAUCAUCAAGAAAUCCUCGCUGGAGCGACUCGCAGAAGCCGACGACCAUGAGGUGGUUCGCGCUGUGCAGGAGUACUUUGCCGACUUCUUUGUUAUUAAUCCCGAUCUCAUGUCUCUCAAUCUUGGUUUCCCAAAUCACAGGAUAUGGAGCACCAGUCCAGACGCAUGGAAUCAAGACGCGCUGCAGAGAUCAACCGAGGCGGUCAUGGCAUUGCUGCUCGCGCUCAAGAAGAAACCUUUGAUUCGGUAUCAGAAGAACAGUCUCCUGGUGAAGAAGUUGGCAACAGAAGUGCGCUAUCACAUGACCCAAGAGGAUCAACUCUUUGAUUUUCGCAAGACAGAUACUCCGCCUAUUCUCCUCAUCGUGGACCGUAGAGACGACCCAGUUACGCCGCUGCUGACACAAUGGACCUACCAGGCCAUGGUUCACGAGCUACUAGGGAUCAACAAUGGAAGAGUGGACUUGCGCGAUGUUCCCGAGAUUCGCCCUGAGCUUAAGGAAAUUGUUCUGUCACAGGAUCAGGAUCCUUUUUUCAAAAAGAAUAUGUACUUGAACUUUGGCGAUCUGGGACAAAAUGCCAAAGAGUACGUCGAGCAAUUUGCAUCCAAACAGCAGGGAUCACAGAAACUCGACUCGAUAGCAGACAUGAAGCGCUUUAUUGAGGAUUUCCCUGAGUUCCGCAAGCUCUCUGGCAACGUCACAAAGCACGUAACUCUUGUCGGUGAGCUCAGUCGGAGGGUGGGAGAGGAAAGCCUCCUGGACAUUAGCGAGUUGGAGCAGAGUAUGGCAUGUACGGACAACCACUCCAACGACGUGAAAUCGCUGCAGAAGAUAAUACAAGAUCCACGCAUACCCGCCAACAAUAAGCUUCGACUCGUUGCCAUCUAUGCGUUGCGAUACGCGAAGAGCUCUUCGAACUCGACUGCUGUGCUACUGGACUUACUCGCUGUCGCGGGCGGUCUGUCGCGACACCGUAUCAACCUCAUCACAAAGCUUCUGACCUACCACGAGUCUCUGCAAGCUACAACUGCUUCAGGCGGUGUACCAGAUCUUUUCCAACCAGGCUCGUUUUUCGGCGGCGCGCGAGAUCGAUUCAAAGGGCUCAAAGGUGUUGAGAAUGUAUACACCCAGCACUCGCCUCGUUUGGAGACCACGUUGCAGGACAUGAUCAAGGGGAGAUUGAGCCAGCAACUAUAUCCAUUUGUGGAUGGCGGCGGUUCGACAAAGGACAAGCCUCAGGAUAUCAUCGUGUUUAUGGUCGGGGGGACGACUUAUGAAGAGGCCAAGAUGGUCGCGCAAGUCAAUGCAAGCUCGCCGGGUAUUCGCGUCGUACUAGGUGGGACAACAGUGCAUAAUAGUACCUCUUUUCUGGAGGAGAUGGAAGAAGCCGUUGAUUCUUGGCCCGAGCCCGCCUCCACUUCAGCUGCCGUUCGAUUGAGGCGAGAGGUGGGGAGAUAGCGAUGAUGCACUUCAGCUGGGUCACGCCAGUGACGUGUUUAACACGGCGUGGUCGUAUGGGCGACGUUCGGCAUACCCGCAAUAUCGCGCUGCCCAGGGUUUGGCUUAAUCUCUCAAUUCAAC